AGGGAGCACCGCUGCAGCAGAUCAGAGGAGCAGGAACCGGAGCCUGGGCUGAGUUCAUAAAAAGCAGGAUCUGGACAGUGGCUCCACAUGGAGGAGCCAGAGGAACCUGUGGACAGUGGGCAGUCACUGCCCCCGGUUUACAUCUACAGUCCCGAGUAUGUCAGCAUGUGCGAUUCCCUGGCCAAAGUCCCCAAACGGGCCAGUAUGGUACAUUCUUUGAUUGAAGCAUAUGCACUGCAUAAGCAAAUGAGGAUAGUUAAGCCCAAAGUGGCCUCCAUGGAGGAGAUGGCCACCUUCCACACCGAUGCCUAUCUGCAGCACCUCCAGAUGGUCAGCCGAGAAGGAGAUGACGAUCAUCCGGACUCUACGGAGUAUGGCCUGGGUUAUGACUGUCCAGCUACCGAAGGGAUAUUUGACUAUGCGGCAGCUGUGGGAGGGGCUACAAUCACAGCUGCCCAGUGCCUGAUUGAUGGAAUGUGCAAGGUAGCCAUUAACUGGUCCGGAGGGUGGCAUCACGCAAAGAAAGACGAAGCAUCUGGAUUUUGUUAUCUCAAUGAUGUGGUCCUGGGAAUAUUACGAUUGCGACGGAAAUUUGACCGUGUUCUCUAUGUGGAUUUGGAUCUGCACCAUGGAGAUGGUGUAGAAGAUGCCUUCAGUUUCACCUCCAAAGUCAUGACCGUGUCCCUGCACAAAUUCUCCCCGGGAUUUUUCCCAGGAACAGGUGACGUGUCUGAUGUUGGCCUAGGGAAGGGACGGUACUACAGUGUGAAUGUGCCCAUUCAGGAUGGCAUACAGGAUGAGAGGUAUUACCACAUCUGUGAAAGUGUACUAAAGGAGGUGUACAUGGCCUUUAACCCCAAAGCGGUGGUCGUACAGCUGGGAGCUGAUACAAUAGCUGGGGAUCCUAUGUGCUCCUUUAACAUGACUCCGGUGGGAAUUGGCAGGUGCCUUAAGUACAUCCUUCAGUGGCAGUUGGCAACGCUCGUUUUGGGAGGAGGAGGCUAUAACCUUGCCAACACAGCUCGAUGCUGGACAUACUUGACUGGGGUCAUCCUAGGGAAAGCACUAUCCUCUGAGAUCCCAGAUCAUGAGUUUUUCACAGCAUAUGGUCCUGAUUACGUGCUGGAAAUCACGCCAGGCUGCCGGCCAGACCGCAACGAGCCCCACCGAGUCCAGCAAAUCCUCAGCUACAUCAAAGGGAAUCUGAAGCAUGUGGUCUAGUGGACACAAAGGGAUCAGGUUUCCAGAGCCAAAGAGCAGUGCCUGUAAUGAAGGCAGCAUGUUUAUGCGAGCCGUGUGUGGAAUUUGUGACUUCAGGGGAAAUUUGGAAGAAAUUAAUUCUUGAAAAUUUCCAAGGAGCCCCAAGUGGCUGCUGGCCUCCUGGGGUGAGGCAGGGAGGCACCCCGGAGGCUCAACUAGCCCUAGAGGAAGAGUGAGAUUUUCAACAUUAGAAGUGUUUAUUUUUUAAACAAA